AUGGCUGCAGAUAACACCUCCUCUGUGAUAGAGUUCAUCCUCACAGGCUUAACAGACCAGGCACAACUCAAGAUCCCCCUCUUCUUCCUGUUUCUGAGUUUCUAUGUAGUCACCGUAGUGGGGAACCUGGGUUUGAUAACCUUGAUUGGACUGAAUUCUCACCUUCAUAUUCCCAUGUACUUUUUCCUCUUCAACCUCUCCUUCAUAGAUUUUAGUUAUUCCACUACCCUCACCCCUAAAAUGCUGAUGGGUUUUGUCUCAGAGAAGAACAUCAUUUCCUAUGCAGGGUGUAUGACUCAAUUUUUUUUCUUCUGUUUUUUUGUCUUUUCUGAAUCCUACAUCCUGUCAGCGAUGGCAUAUGACCGCUAUGCCGCCAUCUGUAAGCCACUGGUGUACACGGUUACCAUGUCUCCUCAGGUGUGUUUACUCCUUUUGUUGGGGGUCUAUGGGAUGGGAGUGUUUGGAGCUGUGGCUCAUAUGGGAAACAUAAUGUUUAUGACCUUCUGUGGUGACAACCUUGUCAAUCACUAUAUGUGUGACAUCAUUCCCCUCCUUGAGCUCUCCUGUAACAGUUCUUACAUAAAUUUGCUGGUGGUCUUUAUUGUUGUGACUAUUGGCAUUGGGGUGCCCAUUGUGACCAUUUUUAUCUCUUAUGGUUUUAUUCUUUCUAACAUUCUCCACAUCAGCUCCACUGAGGGCCAAUCCAAAGCCUUUAGUACAUGCAGUUCCCAUAUAAUUGUGGUUUCUCUCUUCUUUGGAUCAGGAGCUUUUAUGUACCUCAAACCACCUUCUAUUUUACCCCUUGAUCAGGGGAAAGUGUCCUCUGUAUUCUAUACUGCUGUGGUGCCCAUGCUCAACCCGUUAAUCUAUAGCCUGAGGAAUAAGGAUGUGAAAGUUGCUCUGAAGAAAACCUUGAGCAUAAAAAUCUUCUCUUGA